GUGAGGGUAUCGGAUGACAGCAAGCAGCAGCAAGUGCAGGGAGGAAUGAAAAAGAAACCUAGGGUCCUCAUGCGACCUUCUCUGGGAUAAAUCCACGAUCCAGGCCCCCCCACCCCUGGGCUGGCGGCCUGGGGGCCCGGCUUCAUGGGACCUGGUCAGGCCUGCUGUGAGCUGCGCACCUCGCCCCCCAACCUGGAGGCUCCAGUGAGAAGAAAGCUGUGCUCCGAGAGACCAGAGGGAGAAGGAGCCUCGGAGAAGGCAACAGGCCCAAGGCUGCGGGCUUGGAGGACUGGAACUACAUGGCCUUCAAAGACCCCUUCCAACUGGAAGAUUCCAGAAGGAAGUCACUGAGGGGGGACUCUGAGCAGUCAUUUCCUGAGCACUGACCACACAUGAGUCGUCAUGGCACUCACUAUGUCCUAAGCGCUGAACAGUCUAAACUUACUCAUUCCUGACAAUGAUCCUAAGCAGUAGAUACAGUUCUCAUUGCCAGGGUACAAAAGGAGAAACUGAGGCAUGGAGAGAUUGAAAUGGCUGCAACGAUAGUGGAACUCAAGCCCUGCCUUCUCCACCCAUGUUCUAAUCCACAGUCUUAUACCAUAAUGUGGCUGAGCUUUCUUUAAACCAGAGUUUUUUGAGCGCUGGAGCCUUUCCAAGCACCAAGUGUAGCAGCUCGCAGGAAGCAUGCAACAGUGACCAGAAACCCCGCCACAAGAGCCGGUUGGGUAAACUGGGGGACGGGCUGUUAGGGGACGCAAGAGGCCCUCUGUGUGUCGGUGCUACUCAGGCCAUGUCUGGAGGCAGACGGUGGGGGCAAAGGGAGCGCAGCUGGCAUAGAAGGAUCUGGAAUCUGUCACAGGAGGAGUCUCUAAAGAACCUGAGAGGAGAAGUGGUGGAGCAACUCUUGCCAAAUUUCUGAAGGCCCACGACGCCCAUGAAGAACCUGGCGGGUGCUGAGCAGUUCCGGGCGGUGGGACCCCGGAUCUCCCCCAGCCAAAGCUGCCCUGGGGCCAGAGUCGAGUGAGUCCCGCUCAGCAGGAGGCGUGAGGGCGCCGGAGGAGACCCUGGCCAGGUGUCGGGCGUGAGGCUCAGUGGCCACAUCUGGGCAGUUGCGACGGCCUCGGGCUCGACAGUACCUCCGUGUCCCCGGCGGGGAGCUUCACUGUCCUUCCAGCUCCACGGGUCCCCUCGGCUCCAGCUGCGCAGCCCGGACCCCGCCAGGACUCCAGCAGCACCCUGUUCUUCAGAUUUCUGGCGGCCAGAAGGACAAGAGAACCUGCCGACCCAAGGCGCCUCCAAGACCCCGGGUGCGGCCAAGGGCUGGCUCGGCAUCUGUGUGGAGGGCACCUCACUGGAGGGCCCCAGAGCCCAGGAGCCGUGCGACGGACAGGCCGUGACUCAGCACUGCCACGCUCGUGUCUCACGUCUGCUUAUGGCGUUUCAAGGCCCCUUUGCCAAAGCAGGGUGCCCGGCACACGGGGCAGAAGUGGCCGCUUCUCCAGGGAAUCCCUGAGCGGAAGAAGGUGCCAGAAGCGCGGAGGCCGCCUCGAAGCCCCGAGCGACGUCAUGAAGAGCCGUGGUCUGAAGUGGUGGGUGCCUGGAGAACCACCCGUGGCCGGAUGGCAGGAGAGGAGGCUCAAGAGGAUGAAGAUGAGACGCUACAAGCUCUUUCUCAUGUUCUGUAUGGCCGGCCUGUGCCUCAUCUCCUUCCUGCACUUCUUUAAGACCCUGUCCUAUGUCACUUUCCCCCGGGAACUGGCCUCCCUGAGCCCGAACCUCGUGUCCAGCUUCUUCUGGAACAAUGCCCCCGUCACGCCCCAGGCCAGCCCGGAGCCGGGCAGCCCUGACCUGCUGCGAACGCCGCUCUAUUCGCACUCGCCCCUGCUGCAGCCGCUGUCUCCGAGCAAGGCCACCGAGGAGCUCCACCGGGUGGACUUCGUGCUGCCCGAGGACACCACCGAGUACUUCGUGCGCACCAAGGCGGGGGGCGUCUGCUUCAAACCGGGCACCAAGAUGCUGGAGAGGCCCCUCUCGGGGCGGCCCGAGGAGAAGGCCGAGGGCGCCGACGGCUCCCCGGCCCGCGGCCCGGCCCGGCACCUGCUGAGCACCCGCGAGCGCCCGGGGGCCCGAGGCGCGCGGCGCAAGUGGGUGGAGUGCGUGUGCCUGCCGGGCUGGCACGGGCCGAGCUGCGGCGUGCCCACCGUGGUGCAGUACUCCAACCUGCCCACCAAGGAGCGCCUGGUGCCCCGCGAGGUGCCGCGGCGCGUCAUCAACGCCAUCAACAUCAACCACGAGUUCGACCUGCUGGACGUGCGCUUCCACGAGCUGGGCGACGUGGUGGACGCCUUCGUGGUGUGCGAGUCCAACUUCACGGCCUACGGGGAGCCGCGGCCGCUCAAGUUCCGCGAGAUGCUGACCAACGGCACCUUCGAGUACAUCCGGCACAAGGUGCUCUACGUCUUCCUGGACCACUUCCCGCUGGGCGGGCGGCAGGACGGCUGGAUCGCCGACGACUACCUGCGCACCUUCCUGACCCAGGACGGCGUGUCGCGGCUGCGCAACCUGCGGCCCGACGACGUCUUCAUCAUCGACGACGCCGACGAGAUCCCGGCCCGCGACGGCGUGCUCUUCCUCAAGCUGUACGACGGCUGGACCGAGCCCUUCGCCUUCCACAUGCGCAAGUCGCUGUACGGCUUCUUCUGGAAGCAGCCGGGCACCCUGGAGGUGGUGUCGGGCUGCACGGUGGACAUGCUGCAGACGGUGUACGGGCUGGACGGCAUCCGCCUGCGCCGCCGCCAGUACUACACCAUGCCCAACUUCCGGCAGUACGAGAACCGCACGGGCCACAUCCUGGUGCAGUGGUCGCUCGGCAGCCCCCUGCACUUCGCCGGCUGGCACUGCUCCUGGUGCUUCACGCCCGAGGGCAUCUACUUCAAGCUCGUGUCCGCCCAGAACGGCGACUUCCCCCGCUGGGGCGACUACGAGGACAAGCGGGACCUCAACUACAUCCGCAGCCUGAUCCGCACCGGGGGCUGGUUCGACGGCACGCAGCAGGAGUACCCGCCGGCCGACCCCAGCGAACACAUGUACGCCCCGAAGUACCUGCUCAACAACUACGCCCAGUUCCGCUACCUGCUGGACAACCCCUACCAGGAGCCCAAGAGCACCGCGGAAGGUGGGCGGCGGAACAGGGGUCCCGAGGGAAGGCCACCCGCCAGGGGCAAAUUGGAUGUGGUCGAAGGCUAAGGCUGCAUGAUCUUAGAGGGCCGGUGGCAGGUGGGGGGAGUGGCGGCGGCCCCCCCUGAUGCUUCCCUGCCUCCCUCUGCUGUCUGGCUGGUUCUUCAGAGGACCGGGAGUGGAUGGGCGGAGGAGUCUUCCCUGCUCAGGCCCUUGGGAAUCAAGCAAGGGUCAGGCCUGUGAGCUCACAAAACAUCCUUCCUUCCUCAUCGGGAGAGGGGAGUCGGGCCCCUCCGUCCACCAGGAGUGCUGUGGCUGGGAGGCGCCAGCGGAGAGUGCAUGAUGGUUACCUACCGGGUGGCAAGGGAGGGCGGGCAGGGUGGGGAAGGGAACCUGCAGGAACUCCCCAGGGCAGCCAAGCCCGAGCUGCAGCCCCUGCCAGGGAGAAACCUACCAUGUGACCUCCUGGGGCUUUGGACCUGCAGCGGAAAAGUGGGCGUGCCGGGAGGUCCUGAGGCUCUGUAAAUAGACACAUUUGGGUCCAGGAGGGAGAGGGGACACCGAGGUGGGAGGGGAUGAGAAACAGUGGCAGGCUGGGAGGAAGCCCAAUGUCCUCAAGAGCUGAGCCGCAGGGAGCUGAGAACUCUGCCCCAUGGGCCACCCCUGCGCCGCCAGAUAGCACCUGGGGGGUAGGCAGGGGGUCUGCGGAAGCCUGCGGAGUCUUCCUUUUGGUUCCAAACCUGGCCUCGACAGUCCUUCUUUCUUUUUAUAUUUCUGUCUUACGGGCUACCCAGUCAGUCCCUGCAAGGCCAAGAGUCUAGUUCUCAGGGUGGGAUGGGAGCCAGAGACCGGACCAUCAGGCAGCCUAGUAGGUGGGGCCUGGGAGGGGGCGUGGGGGGGAGGAGGUUCCCCAUCACCCCUUCCUACUGGAACCCACAGCCCCAGCUCCGCACCGUCUCUGCUAGAGUCACCCUUGCACCCCUCCUUGGGUCUGGCUAGAACCAGGAACGGCCCAUGGGGCUGCCCUGGGCCCAGGAGGGACUUUAAGGCCAGCCGUGUGUCAUCUCAUUCCUCUUUGCCUCAUGAGGGCAGGGGAUGUAUUGGUUAGAUUCUCAGCUGCUCUAAUUAAGACACCCUGAAAUAUAGUGGUUUUAAGCAAGACAAGCUUGUUUCUAGCUUAACCGUCUAGAGGGAGAUGGUCCAGAUACAGUCAGGCAGCUGUGCUCUCCUUCAUGUGCACCUUCCAAUUCUGGAUAGAGUGGUUGCUUUAGCUCCCACCAUCACAUGUGCAUCCCAGCCCGGGAAGAGCAGAGAAUGGCAGGAGAAGCACAUGCCCUUUCCUGUCAAGGGCAUGAGCUGGAAAUGGCAUGGUCACUUCUGAUUCCAUCUUACUGGCCGAGCCUUAGUCAUAUGGCCACAGGUAGCUGCAAGGGAAGCUGAGACAGGUAGUCUUCGGCCACAUGCCCAGCCUCAGCCCGAGAGUCCUGUUAGUAAAGGAAGGAGGAGAGAGGGGAGACAGGAGACAAGGAACGUCUUUGGCACAGAGGGAGGGGGAUGGGGAGAGGGCAUAGGAGUGGCUAAGGCAGUCCUAGGAUCCUGCUCUUCCGUUCAGAGUUCCUAGAAGCACCUGCUCCUGCCCCCACUCACCGCCAGCCCAGGGCUGGGGGGCAGUGAGAGCCUGUAGUUGUAGGAGGGGUGAGACACCCCAACCGAGGCCCCCGUAGAUGUUCACCCAGUGAUGCCAGGAUGCAGAGCCUGCCUGUGGAACGGUACAUGUUUGUGCGUGUGUGUGUGUAUUUAUGGGCAUGUGUGCAUGCUUGGUGUGUACUUGUACGUGUCUGUAUUGGGGUGUCCCUGUAAAUAUAUGCUUCUGUAUGGAUGCGGGGGCAGGGCCCAGGCCUCCCCUUCCCCAGGACCUGGAGCCUGUGGCCACACCUCCUUGCGGCUCCCCUAACGUGACUGAGGCAGAAAGCCCUUGGGGAGCCUAGGAAGCAAGGCUAAAGGGAGUGCGGGGUCUGUCUGUCUGUCUGUCUUUCAGUCCAAGGAAUGAGAAUCCUCCUGACCUGAGGGCUGAACAGCUGAGAGCUCACUACCUCCCCAGCCCGUCUUGGUCCCAACCAUAUCCUUCCACCCCGUCCCACCCAGCCUCCAGCCAGGACUUUCUCUGGGUGUCUUAUUGGGGUUUCUGAUGAGCGGGGAGAGAAGGGCAUCUCCUUUGCCACACCUCUGUCCAGGGAGAUGUCUGGUGUGGGCGUGGUCUGGGGAGCCGGCCGCAGAGCAGCCUCUCGUGGGCAGGCAUGAAGCAGGCGGAGGAGGCUCUCUGGCCUCCACUCGCCCUCCCCAAGGGAGUCUGUGACGUGCCCCCAGGGAACCCCUCCCUUGGAGUUAUAGCAACCCCCCUUCCUAGUCCGCCUUGAAGCUGAGAAUUGGCAAAAGAGGUCAGAAUGUCCCUGGGGCUCUAGCCCAACCCAGGCCAGGGCCUGCCUUCCCAGCCAUCUCCACUCAUCUCCUGGACAGGCAAUCUCUGGGGGCUCCUGAAUCAUACCUGAGCCCCAGCCCAGGGCCUCCCUCCUGGCAGGCUUCCUCAUCCCAUGCCCCUGGCACCCUCAGCUGCUGUGGGGAUGCCCCCUCCCCAGGCUGGCCUCCAGUUUACCAGCUCCAGGGCAGGGGAAGGAAAAGCGGGGAACUCAGACCUGCCAGGCCCCACCUUCCCUCUCAGACUCAGAACACUGUUCACGGUCACUGCCAAGGGGAGACCGCGCCAUUGGGUGCAGAGGACGGUCAUCAGAGGGGUGGCGGGCCACGGCGUGGGGUUGAUGAGUUUCACUUAUACUUACAUCAUACACUGGGAAUUUGGGGGGGCAGGGGAGCCCGGAGCCACUCCCCCAGUAUGAAAAGAAAUCAAACUGUGAAUGGGAGUGUCGGCACACUGCCGGCCCUGUCACCAUCACCAGGUGUCUUUCCCUGGGAACCACUGGCCCUAUGACCUCUAGACUCAGGAGGCUCAGCCCACCCACGGGUCGUGUUGGUUCGCAGGAGCAGGCAUGGGGGAGCUUUGAGGGCAUAGGUGACAGUCGGGGAGGGGAGACGGGACUUCCCCAAGCAGAAGGCAGGGCCCCGGGAAAUGUAUAAUUUAAGGACGCCAAUGAUAAUAGUAUUAUUUUUUUUGUAAGGGAAAAUCAAUAUGUACAUUCUGAAAUCAUUUUCUCUGUAAAUGGUUGGAUUUCAUUUCACCCUUAAAGGGAUGCUUAAAGGAAAAGAUAAUAUUAAUAAUAAAAACAGCUACAAAGUCUGAAA